ACUUUUGGAGCAUGUCAUAGACCUUUCUGCCUGUCAACUUGGGCAAUUAUCGUACUUUAUCGCGAAACACGCGCUCCGUCAAAAACUCUUGAUCAGCCAUCGCCUGCCAUUGUUUCACCAUGGCAUCAUCGGUUGUAGCGGAGCUAGAGGCCGGCCUGCAAGGCAUGCUCUCGCUGAAGCCACCAGGAGUAUCUGGUUCCCGAAUCACAAAUAUCACGUCGCUAUGUGUCGACAACGUCCAGUAUGAAUCGGUCCUGAUACAAAAGCUAUUCACACAUUUCAAGAAAACACCCGGCACACACAAACUGGGAGUACUCUACGUCGUAGACUCUGUAACAAGGAAAUGGUGGGAGCAGGCCAAAGCUCGAGGGCAAACACCAAGCCUCUCGGCGCCAGACGGGUCAUUCGCUGCGGGUGUGCAUAGAGUAACAGAACUGAUACCCAUCUUGAUGAACGACAUCAUUGCUACGGCACCAGAAGAUCAAAAGGAAAAGAUUAAGAAGCUUGUCGAUAUCUGGGAGAAGGGCCAAACGUUCCCUGUUUCUAUGGUCAACUCCUUCAAGGAGAGACUGAAUGCUCCGAGACCCACGAAUGCCUCAACAACACCACCUGGCAGCCCGCCUCCCAACCCUUUAGCCUCGCUUGGUUCUGGUAGCAAAGUGGCAGCAGCGCCAUCGGCAAACCAAGCGGCCCCGAACAUCAUCUUGGACAGGCUUGCGAGCAUUGCGCGACAGAAUGCUUCGUCUGCGCAGAGUAAUCCCAGCCUGGCAGCUUUGGCUCCGGCGUCCACCCCGGCUACGGCACCUGUGUUCAGUGCACCCGGUGGUCUGCCUAGUAAUGCCGCCAUGCAGGCCGCUCCGGCGCCCGUGCCGGCGCAGCUGGGCAUCUCGUACCUGCCGACGUCUCAAGCAACUGCCCAUCCUGUAAAUGCACCAGGACUGCCGUUCACGUUUCCACCAGCGAUGCCCGCACAGACAGGGCCUCCAGUUGCCCCGGGUGCCGUCCCGCCGCAACAGAGCGGCUCAAGUAAUCCGGCUGCUGCGACUGUGCAACUCGUUGCAGCCUUGGCCGCUCAGGGUAUUCCCAUUGACAAGAUCGCGACCGUAAUUUCGAUGAUGGGCCAAGCGGGCACGAUGCCCGCCGCAGCUCCGCCUCAGAUGCCCCAGCCCACCCAGACUGGGUAUGCAGCACCUCCUCCAGUCGGCGGUGGCCCUGCUCCUUGGGACGCACCUCGACCGGACGAAACCCGUGAUCGUGGUAACUAUCAUGACGGCAUGAGGUCGCCGAACCGACACCGCGGCAGGUCCAGGUCGCGCUCCCCUUCACGUUGGGAUAACCGGGGUUCUCCUAGAUCGCGCGCGAAUGACCGUAGUUUUGACUAUGGACGCCCUGGCUCACCUGGCCGGGGUCGUGUAGAUGACCGGCGCGGGCAAAUGCCCGAUUACCGCCAGCGGUCUCCUCACGGGCGCCACGGCGACAGCCCGGGCCAGGAACCGUCCCAGCAGGAGAAGUGGGUUGAAUAUGACAACAACAUUCCCAGCAGCAGCAUUAAGGUGUACAGUCGAACCCUUUUUGUGGGCGGUGUAACUUGUUCCGAGAGCGAGCUCCGUGGCAUCUUUAGCCGCUUCGGCCAAGUCCAAACCUGCAUUGUCAACAAGGACAAGCGCCAUGCCUUUGUCAAGAUGUUCUUCCGCAAGGACGCCGAGCGGGCAAAGACCGCUAUGGAGGACAUGCGCAGCCAGGACUUUCAACUCAGAACGAGAUGGGGUGUAGGCUUUGGCCCCCGCGACUGCAGUGACUACCAGAGCGGAGUCAGCAUCAUUCCCAUUCAUAAGCUGACCGAAGCCGACCGCAAGUGGAUGCUGACCGCACCCUACGGCGGCUCUGGCGGCCGCCCCAUCGUUGGCGGCCUGUCGGUCGAGGAACCCGAUAUCGAGAUCGGCGCCGGCGUCUCAUCAAAGGCCAUCAGCCGCCGCAUGCAGACCGACAAGGGCGGUAACCACGGACCCAAGUCGAGCAGACAUGCCGAGGACGAGCCGCCCGUCGGUUUCGGGGGACAUGCCAACCCGCAGGCCCCUGGCCACGGACACAUGGGCGGCGCGCCCGUCGGGCCCACCAACAGCGCUGCUAACAACCCUGGCGGUCCCCCCGGUGGCCGGUGGCGCCAUAAAGGCGCGGACAAGCACCACGGCGGCGGCGGUGGGCGCGAUGCGAGAAGAGGCGGCGACGAUCGAAACGAUGGCCACCACAACAAUAAGGGUGGCAACGCCGACGAGCCCAUCGUCAUGGAUCUACCCGCGGGUAUCACUAUGGGGCCCAACGGAAUUAAUUACCCGCCCAACUUUUCUUUCGGCGCCGCCGCCUCGCACCCCUAGGCUAGUGAACACCGUGGGCGCUGCUCCGAGAGUGUUUGAGGGGCUUGGGGAAUCUGGUGCUAUUUAGCUUCUGGCGUUGGGGUGGGAAAUUUACCCAGGUGCCGUCUUCAGCUCUAGGGAGGAGGUUGGUUCUGAAAGCGGUUCAUGGGAUCAGGCGGUUCUCUGCAUACUC